AUCCAGACCCAGCAACUCCAUGCUGCCAUGGCUGACACUUUCUUGGAGCACAUGUGCCGCCUGGACAUUGACUCUGAACCAAUCGUGGCAAGAAACACAGGGAUUAUCUGCACCAUCGGCCCUGCAUCCCGUUCUGUUGAGAUAUUGAAAGAGAUGAUAAAAUCUGGAAUGAAUGUAGCUCGCCUCAACUUUUCUCACGGAACACACGAGUACCAUGAAAGCACGAUUAAGAACGUAAGGGCGGCUACAGAGAGCUUUGCUUCAACCCCCAUUCACUACCGACCAGUGGCAGUUGCGCUGGACACCAAAGGGCCAGAGAUUCGAACAGGACUUGUAAAGGGAUGUGCCACAGCAGAGGUGGAGUUGAAAAAGGGCGCUGAGCUCAAGUUGACACUGGAUGAUGCCUUCAUGGACCACUGUGAUGAGAAAAAUCUCUGGGUGGACUAUAAGAACUUGCCCAAGGUCGUGUCUCCAGGCAGCAAAGUCUAUGUGGAUGAUGGUCUCAUCUCUCUACUCGUGAAAGAAAUUGGUGAUAAUUACGUCCUUACUGAGGUGGAGAAUGGUGGUACCUUGGGCAGUAAGAAGGGGGUAAACCUCCCUGGUGCAGCUGUUGAUCUUCCUGCUGUUUCUGAGAAGGACAUCCAGGACUUGAAGUUUGGAGUCGAGCAGGAUGUGGACAUGGUAUUUGCAUCUUUCAUCCGCAAAGCUUCAGAUGUUGAAGCAGUCCGGAACGUCUUAGGAGAAAAGGGGAAGAACAUCCGGAUAAUCAGCAAGAUAGAAAACCAUGAAGGCGUGCGCAGAUUUGACGAGAUCCUGGAGGCCAGUGAUGGGAUAAUGGUGGCACGAGGAGACCUUGGAAUUGAGAUUCCGGCGGAGAAAGUCUUCCUUGCUCAGAAGAUGAUGAUUGGGCGCUGCAAUAGGGCGGGGAAGCCUGUAAUCUGUGCCACACAGAUGUUGGAGAGUAUGAUUAAGAAGCCUCGUCCCACCCGGGCAGAAGGCAGUGAUGUUGCCAAUGCUGUCUUGGAUGGAGCAGACUGUAUCAUGUUGUCAGGAGAGACUGCCAAGGGGGAUUACCCACUAGAGGCUGUCCGUAUGCAAC